UUAUUAUCAUCGUCAUCUUCUUCUUUUGAGAACUAGAAACAAGAAACAAGAAGCAGAGUAAGCAAGCAAAAACAACAACAAAAUCAUUUGUCUUUGAGAGAUAAUUGCUUUGCCCAUGGCAGCUCGUAGACUUUCAUGGCUUCUCUCACGCUCCCUUUCUGCUGCUUCUGGAGCUGACUCCUUUCUUCACUCACUCGGAAGAAACUCUGGCGGAGGGUGCAGAAAAUUGAAGAGGUUUAGCACAGCUGCAGCGGUUGAUGAAGUGAUUAUUCCACAAGUUCAAAUCAAUUACACUCAGCAUCUCAUAGAUGGCAAGUUUGUGGAUUCUGCAUCAGGGAAGACUUUUCCAACCUAUGACCCGCGCACAGGGGAAGUUAUAGCUCAAGUAGCUGAAGGAGACGCUGAAGAUAUCAACCGCGCCGUCGCCGCUGCGCGAAAGGCCUUUGAUGAAGGACCCUGGCCUAAAAUGACUGCUUAUGAAAGGUGUCGGAUAUUGCUGCGGUUUGCUGAUUUGGUGGAGAAGCAUAGUAAAGAGCUUGCAGCUCUAGAGACAUGGAACAAUGGAAAGCCUUAUGAGCAAUCUUUCAACGACGAAUUGCCAUUGUUUGUGCGUUUGUUCCACUACUAUGCUGGUUGGGCUGAUAAAAUUCACGGGAUGACCGUACCGGCUGAUGGAAAAUAUCACGUGCAAACAUUGCAUGAACCAAUUGGGGUUGCAGGACAAAUCAUACCUUGGAAUUUUCCUCUAAUUAUGUUUGCUUGGAAAGUUGGUCCAGCUCUGGCUUGUGGUAACACUGUCAUUUUGAAGACUGCUGAGCAAACACCCCUCACCGCUCUUUAUGUGGCUAAACUCUUUCAUGAGGCUGGUCUUCCACCAGGUGUUCUGAAUAUAGUUUCUGGAUUUGGCCCAACUGCUGGUGCAGCUCUUGCAAGUCACAUGGACGUUGACAAGCUAGCAUUUACUGGAUCAACAGACACUGGAAAAAUUGUGCUUGAAUUGGCUGCAAGAAGCAAUCUGAAGCCUGUGACAUUGGAGCUGGGAGGCAAAUCACCUUUUAUUGUGUGUCAUGAUGCUGAUGUUGACCACGCUGUUGAACAAGCACACUUUGCUCUCUUCUUUAAUCAGGGACAAUGUUGCUGUGCUGGGUCUCGAACCUUUGUACAUGAGCGUAUCUAUGAUGAGUUCUUGGAGAAGUCAAAGAAACGUGCUUUGAGACGCGUUGUUGGUGAUCCAUUCAAGAAGGGUGUUGAACAAGGCCCUCAGAUUGACACAGAACAAUUUGAGAAAGUGCUUAGGUACAUAAGAUCUGGAAUUGAAAGCAAUGCUACCCUUGAAUGUGGGGGUCAGCGAUUGGGCUCAAAAGGCUUCUUCAUCGAGCCAACUGUUUUCUCCAAUGUUAAGGACGAUAUGCUGAUAGCCAAAGACGAAAUAUUCGGGCCGGUUCAGUCCAUCUUGAAAUUCAAGGACAUUGAAGAAGUAAUAAAGAGAGCAAAUGCAACACGAUAUGGACUAGCAGCAGGAGUGUUCACAAAGAACGUACACACAGCAAACACAUUGAUGAGGGCACUGAGAGUUGGAACGGUUUGGAUCAACUGUUUCGAUGUAUUCGACGCUGCCAUUCCCUUUGGAGGCUACAAGAUGAGUGGCAUUGGGAGGGAGAAAGGAAUCUACAGUCUCAACAACUACCUUCAGAUCAAAGCUGUUGUUGAACCACUCAAGAAUCCUGCUUGGAUUUAACCCUCUUCUGUUUCAACUAUGCCAGGCGUAUAUUAAAAUUAGUUACUAAAAUUAACUACUAGUAUAAAAUACAUGUUGGAAUACAAAAUAUAUAUUAGAAUGAAUUAAACAACACAUGUAUUUAUAUAUAAAUACAUAGUAAUUGAUUUUAGUAGUUGAUUUUAAUAUACAAAUAGUUUUUCUGUUUUAA